AUGGCGUCUGUUGCGACGACCGAGCCGAGUUUAAACCCGGGUGCAAUAUCUACACCAGAAUCUGUUGUACCAGCGUGUAUGUUUGCUCCCGACCCAGGAUGUGACGAAGACCCAUCCACUGCAGAAUGCUUCGAAGGGGGGCACAGUCUCAAUGGCGAGACCGCGGAUCAUUUGGACCUCACUAGCAAGUUGGCCCUGGUGAGCCCCACUGGAGAACAGUAUGACUCGUUACUACGCCAGCUCAGAGAGCGAAUGGAUGAGGGCUGUGGAGAGACCAUUUAUGUGGUUGGCAUGGGUUCAGAUGGUGGAGAUUAUGGUCUGAAUGAGAAGGAUAUGGAGGCCUCUGUUGCCACGGUGCAGUCUAUGUGCGAGCAGAUUGAGGCGGACCUCAUCUUGUUGAGGGAGCGCAGUGAGACGGGCGGUCGAGUCCGGGACUUCCUCAUCCGCCGCCGCGUGGGCGAGGCAGACUUCUUGGAGGUCAGAGUGGCAGUGGUAGGGAACGUGGAUGCUGGUAAGAGUACACUCCUGGGUGUGCUUACCCACGGGGAGCUGGAUAACGGUCGCGGUUUCGCCCGUCAGAAGCUCUUUCGACACAAACAUGAAAUGGAGAGCGGACGAACCAGCAGCGUGGGCAACGACAUCUUGGGCUUUGACCAGGAGGGCCAAGUGGUCAACAAACCCGACAGCCACGGAGGCAGUUUGGACUGGACCAAGAUCUGCGAGCGUUCCUCCAAAGUUAUCACCUUCAUUGAUCUGGCAGGCCACGAGAAAUACCUCAAGACCACUGUGUUUGGCAUGACAGGCCACCUGCCAGACUUCUGUAUGCUGAUGGUGGGCAGUAAUGCAGGAAUUGUUGGAAUGACAAAGGAGCAUCUUGGCUUGGCCUUGGCACUCAAUGUGCCUGUGUUUGUAGUAGUCACCAAAAUAGACAUGUGUCCUGCCAAUAUUUUACAAGAGACUCUGAAGUUGUUACAACGGUUACUUAAGUCCCCUGGCUGCCGGAAAAUUCCUGUCCUGGUGCAAAACAAAGAUGACGUCAUUGUCACUGCCUCCAACUUUAGCUCUGAGAGGAUGUGUCCCAUUUUCCAGAUCUCUAAUGUAACAGGAGAAAACAUGGAUCUUCUAAAGAUGUUUCUUAACCUGCUGUCCUCCAGAACAUCGUGUAAAGAUGAUGAGCCUGCUGAAUUCCAGAUAGAUGACACUUACUCAGUACCGGGCGUGGGCACAGUAGUGUCAGGAACUACGUUACGCGGAUUGAUACGACUUAAUGACACCCUGUUACUCGGCCCUGACCCUCUGGGAGCUUUCAUUCCUAUCGCUGUGAAAUCCAUCCACCGGAAAAGGAUGCCAGUGAAGGAGGUGCGAGGAGGUCAGACAGCUUCAUUCGCUCUGAAGAAGAUCAAACGCUCCUCCAUCCGAAAGGGCAUGGUCAUGGUCUCCCCCAAACUCAAUCCACAGGCAUCAUGGGAGUUUGAGGCAGAGAUACUAGUACUUCACCACCCCACCACCAUUUCACCCAGAUAUCAGGCCAUGGUUCAUUGUGGUAGCAUAAGACAGACAGCCACCAUCCUGAGCAUGAACAGAGACUGUUUACGUACAGGAGACAAAGCCACCGUCCACUUCCGUUUUAUAAAGACACCCGAGUAUCUCCACACUGAUCAGAGACUGGUCUUCAGAGAGGGCAGGACCAAGGCCGUGGGGACAGUUACGAAGCUGCUGAAAUCUACCACUAACCAGGCAUCUCAUGCUAAGACUCAGCAAGUGAAGAUGCAGUCCUCCAAGAAGGCUGAUGGAUUAACAGCCGUCAGCGAGGAGACAGCACAAUCAGGAAGUAGCUCACAAUCAGCACAGCAGCCCAAGGCCGGCGGAGGAGGAGGAGGAGGAGGUCGACGGCGAGGAGGCCAGAGACACAAAGGCAAAUCUCUUAACUCCCCAACCACCAGCGCCGCCUCCGCGACACCCGCCGGAGCGGUGGGAACCAGCUAAAGCUUCUCCUCUUCUCCUUUCCUCUCCUCCU